GCAAUUUCUCGGUUUAUUUUCGAAAUGUUUCUCCACGAGACCGAUCGUUCGAUUGAAGUGGGGCCGCUUUCCUUCGAAUUUACUUCUCCCCGUUCUGUAUUGUGAUUCCGGGUUUGUAUCACAGCGGUGCGAUCUUGCUUUCCACAACAGUUUCUCCGCAAUGUUGUUUUGAUGUUAUAUUAGACAUCACCGCUACUCCAGUGUGCUAUGCGUAAAUUUUUUUCUCUACAGCCUUCACUCGGACCAUCUACACGUAUUCGAUGUGUAGAUUUUUCUCGCUUCCUUUUUCAUUUCCAUAUUUUCUAACACGAUUAUAUCCUUAUCUGGCAGGACCGUGGAUGAAGAUCUGAACGCUAAAGACGGCCAAGGUUACGCACUGAUCGAAAUUAACAGCUGAAAACGAAGAGAACAUGAAUCGGAAAACGAGAGUCCGCCGUGGAAACCUUGGGAAAAAAUCAAAUGAGUACGGUUUUGCCUCAGAAGAUACAAAGAUCGCUCAAUGUGAUAAUCAAGAUAUUUUCAAUGUAAACAAUCAACUGUCAAGAAAUCUGGCCAAACGAAAUCUAUCGAAAGAACUUGACCACGAGUCGCAAUGUGAAACACAUGAUUUGUACACGCGAGAUGAAAAGGGAACCAGAAACGGAAAUAUGGACGGAGAUCCCUUUGUUCCUCCUAAAUGUACCUCCACGCCAGCUGUUGUGUCACAAGAUUCAGAUUUUAAACCCAGAUCACCACAGAAGAGGAGAAAGGCUUAUGAGGAAGGAAAUUGUCUAAAGAGAAUUCCAAGUGGAAGUAAUGUUUCUGAUGGAAACAUUAAUCCUGUUAGUUCUUCAACUGUUGUUAGACAUUUAGCCUUUGUAGAAAACAACAAUGUUGCAAACGAUUUGCUUGAAGAGGAAAAUACAGAUAGUGCCAUUUCUGAUGAGGAAAUAGAAAGUGGAUUUGAUAAAUUUAACAACCGUCAGAAAACUCCAAGACAGCCUGUGAGUGUAAACCGUACAGAAAACAUUGUUUCUCGGACACCAACUCCCACUCAACAGAAAUAUAAGAAGGGGGACAUUGUUCAAAUGGAGAAUGGAGUGCGCAAAAAAUUUAAUGGAAAACAAUGGAGACGGCUUUGUUCAAGGGAAGGAUGCAACAAGGAAUCUCAACGGAGAGGUUAUUGCUCUCGUCAUUUGUCAUUAAAAGGCAAAUCAUUGUCAAAAGGGGUUGGGAUUCCUGGACAGAAAAAAGGAAAAUUGCAUGGGAAAGAGCUUACAUGGGAGUCUGGAAAUGAAAGUGAAGGAAGUGUGGAAGGAGAAGUGUCCGGCAAAGGAAAUGGCCACCACAAAGACUUAAAUGAUAAGGAAACUGAAGCUGCUUUUUCACUGGUUUCACUCAGUAAUUCAAGGUGUGCAACGCCAUUUUCUAACCCAGCCACACCUUUACCCAAUUCACCUGUUCCAGGUCAGUCCCCAUCUCCAUUGCCAUAUGGUAACUGCUUCAACCGCAGCACAACACCAGGCCAGCAUCGUUCAGUGACACCAGUGAGAACCUGGGCCACAGCCACUACACCACGAUCUGGAAGGUCUUCAAGUACUGAGCUUCUUUCACCAUUCUUCCCAAGUGGGUUGUCGUUAUCAAAUGCAGUUAGUCCAGACUCUGGUAUUCUCUGUCGUGAGGAGUCCGGAAGUCGUGCUAGUAACACAUCAUCCCUCAUGUCUCCUUUACCAUUACUCUCACCCAUUACUCCAACAAAGAGAACAUUCUCUCCGAUUUCUCCUCCAGCAUGUACAUAUCACUCUUUUUCCCCCAUUCCCUGUACCCCACCAGCAAUAACAGGCAAAAGGACAGUAUCAUUACCAGCACCAUCAGCAAUUACGCCACCCAGAGAUAAGGCAGGGAGAGUGAUGUACUCCCCAAUACCUACCCAGCCACUGCCAGUGGCUUCAAACAGUACUUUUGUCCCCUUUUCACAAGAUACCAACAAGAAAGGUCAGUCUGACCAGGAAAAGAGAAUGGAAACUGAAGAUGAUAAAACUCUUACCACGGAAACUGUGGAAGAUGGUACUGAGGUACAAUUGCAAAAGAAUUUGCAAUGUAAGGAGGAUCAGGAUGUAUACACAAAAGGUUCACAAGCUGAAUCAACAGAGUUCAUUCCUAAAGUGCAAUUACCUCCUGUUCAAGUGAAUACGAUUCAGAUUUCUGUAUAUCCUUGGCAGUGCUUGUUACCGCAACUUUACCAUGUACCUGGGAACAGCUUGCAGCAGAAUGAAACAUCUGAUGUUAAUAUCUCAUUACAUGGGGGACAAAGCACCACUGAACUGACUAAAAUGGACAGAAGUGAAAACCCAGGAAGUAUGUCACUGGUAGGAGGUGAAGGGACAAAUCAUGGUAUUGGAGGAGACAGGAAGUUGGAAAACAAAACAUGUGUCACUAGUGGACCAAACACAAGGAAGAGAACACGGUCAGCAUCCUUCAGUUCUCAGGAUGAAGGAAAACCUCCUGUCAAGAUACCUGCACCCAGUUAUCAAGCCAAGCAAGAGAGGGAGCACAUCCGCCGUCCAAUGAAUGCCUUUAUGAUCUUUAGCAAGCGUCACAGGGCUCUUGUUCAUCAGAAACACCCUCAUCAAGAUAACAGGACUGUGAGUAAAAUUCUUGGUGAAUGGUGGUACAACCUUCCUGCUAAAGACAAACAGAAGUAUGUGGAUCUUGCAGCCCAGGUCAAAGAAGCGCAUUUUAGGGCAUAUCCUGAUUGGAAAUGGUGUACCAAAGACAGAAAGAAGUCUCCUCGCAAAGUCUCAGACAGAACUGAGUCAAGUGAUUCAGUGGGAGGAGAUGGAGUGGAAUUUACUAAUAACGAAGAACAAGAGGGUAUUUUUGACAGUGAAAAUGAUGAAACAGUGGAAGCUAAACCAAGGCUCAGAAGUAAGCGUUCAUUGAGCACACCAGCACAUCAACAGGAUCCGUGUUUGAAGGAAGCUGUACAUAGACCCUACACGCCACAGCCAGUCUCAACAACGCAACAUUCACUCUUUGAGCUUGCACAGAUGUGCUCCGAACUAGACGAUAAAACCAACCCAUCAACAAAGCCCUCAGUGUCAAACAACAAAAACAUCACAUUUGAACAACAGACAAACGAUGGGAUGAGUGAAUCGGAAGAUGAUGAUAUUGGCUCCGAGGAACUGAUGUGCAAUGAGAAUAUAGAUGUUAACGACAAAGAGUCAGAUGACUCUGAUGAAGAGGAGCUGACCAACAGGGUGUUUCCACAGCAGAGGUUCUCCCCAGUACCUUUUGCUGGAAGACGAAGCCAGACUCCAGACCUUGGCAAGAUCCGGUAUUCCCCUAUUGAAUUCCCUGCCAAAAGAGCCGUUACUCCGAACAUUUAUGAACAAAUGGCAUCUAAAAAUCACUCGCAUGACAUUUCUGGCAAAGGGGCAUCUAAAGUAGUGGACUUCAGUUUCAAGGCACCUAAAGGGCUGCCUCAUUCAAAUAAAAGUAUGGACAGAACCACUGAAACUGCAAAAUCGCAGAACAGUCAGUUUGUACGCCCAAAGCUGCCGAUGGCAAAGAGCUACUCCCCAGGUCUAACAGUCAGUGGGUAUUUUCAGCCAACUGGUUCUGUUUUUAGACCAAGCCAGCCUUCCAGUGGUGCUGCAAGCUCCAAGAAUGUGCUAAAUACCAGUGAGAGUACCUCCAAAGUUGAUGUGAGCACAUCUGACGUAUCUCAGUCAUCAUUUUCACAGCCUGUCCUAUUUCCAAGCAACUUUACUAAGUAUUCUCCUGCUACAAAUUUGCCUUCAACAAGUUAUGCAGCGCACGGAUCACAAGUGAAACCAUACAGAGGAAGCAGCCAUGCUGGUUUGGUGCCAAGCACAAAUCAGACCGUCAAGGUUAUAGAUAGUGCACAAAAGGUUCCAGUCAUUGGUGAAGAUGAAACAAAGCAAUCACAUGCUGCCAGUAGUGUAUCUACCUCUGUUCCACUGGCCACUCAAGUGGCUUGGGCAGGUGCCUCAGAUUCCAGUUUCUUAUCUCCCCUAACAGUCUCUGUAGCCACUCACGCUUCUCCACCAUUCCACAAAAAUACCAAAACUACACUGGCUCUUUCACCAGUAGCCAAAGGCGUUCAGCUUAAGUCAAUUGCACCAAUGUUGUCACCUCCGUUGUUGGCUUCAUCUCCCAGUGGUGAGAAACCAUCCCAGAGAGUUCUACUUGCCAAAAAGCCAGCUGGGCACCCUGCAGGGAAAAUGGUGGAUGUAAAACAAGGUUGUCCCUCCCAUAGAGGGUUGGGAUAUUGCAAUAUAAGCCCUGCUGAACAACAUACGAGUACGCCACCUCUACCAAACCCACCAAAGACACCACUAGGCUCCUUUUCCCGACAAGCUCAUGUUGGCAGCAGUAACGUGCCACCACGACCCGCCCCGCUGUCUCCGAAGGGGCCGUCACCUUGUGCAUCCCUCCUGUCUCCUAAAGGGGGUGAAGGUAUCCAUGAGAUAAGCUCUGCACCAGGUCACUCAAGCAGUCUCAGACAACCAAGCAAGCCACUGCCUGACAACUGUGAAAGGCAAGCAAAUCUUGACAGGAAUGAUGCACCGACCACCCACCAAAUUGGAAAACCUAUACUUAAGAGGUUUAUAGCUGACGGAAUGGAGGAAGUCUUAUCUGAGGUGAAUUUUGAGAGGCAAUUUGCGGAGCUUCCUGAGUAUUCACCUUACCAUCGCCAAGCUCGGGAGGGAAGAUUAACAAACAACAAGCGUGGUGUCUUGUCAUCGAAUACACCGAACGCUGAUGAUCCUGGCAGUCAAUCGUCUAUGUCUCAGGAAAGGUCGUCUUCUGGUGUUAGUUCAUCAGAAGAAAGCGUCCAUGGUGCAGGUCUCCGGACAACGAGUAUGCCAAGUCUUGACGCGCUUGCAGAGGUCGCCGUCUUAGAACAUGGACUGAAGGAUGCUGAUAGGGAAGACAAGGCAGAACCAGGCAGUCCCACUCUCUCUCCUCACAAGAAGCCAGUGGAUCAAAGACGUGCCGUGAUUCUUCAGCUGUUUCAUGAUCAUGGUUACUUUCCGUCUGAUGCGGUGACAACUAUCUGUCAGCAGCGUCAUACAGAUCUCUUCCAGACAAAGGGAACACUGCAGCUCAAGAUACGAGAAGUACGACAAAAGAUCAUGCACAAAAGUGGCGGAGGAAAUAGCAAUACGUGGUCAUGAGGGCUGAAAAUGUUCGUAGUUUGGCUGAACUGUUGUUCACGGUUGACUUGCGUUUAAUUUGUGUAAGGAGAGCUAUGCCAAUGGAAAGAAAUAGGACACACUGACUUAGUAUAAAGUAUGUUACUUAGUGCCAUAUACUUGCAGGACUUCCAUACGUUGUCCACUCUUAAAAAGUAUUUAGCCACUUAAGGAAAGUACCGUAUUUCCCCGUACAAGCGCCGGGCUGUAUAUUUAAAGGAGGGUCGCGUAGUGAAGGAGUGCGCUUGAUCACGGGGUGUGCUCGUUUAGAAAUUAUCAAUCUGUACCGAUUCUGUUGUAGUUGAAGCCAAAAAAGUUACGAAUACAGUGGUAAUAGAAACAGGUUUUCCUUGUAUCCCUACUAUUUAAGAAAGUGAGAGAGGAGGGAGGAGCGCUUGAUUGACAUUUUGACCCAGGGGCAGGGCGCUUAUUAGAGCGUGAGCGCUUAUUCGAGGAGAUACGGUAUUCCCAUACCUAUGCAGAACAAGUUAUUAAUCAUAUUUCACCGGAGAUUUAGUAUAUGGACAUCGACACAGUACUAUGUGAUAAGCUCAAUUAUACACGCAUUUUGAUUGGUUCUUACUGAUCAGUUAUUGGAGGAGAGACGCAUAGAUGACGUCGCAUUUAACAACAUUUUACUUCUUUCAUCACAUAGAAGAUAUAGAUUGCAUGUUGCUGUGGGUCUGUUCAAUAACAGGUUACAGAAUACGUCAAAUGUGGUAAGAUUAUCUGAGACGCACUCGGCUACGCCACUCAUUUGUUCUUACCGCAUUUUGAUGUCAUUUGAGAACUGUAACCGAACAGACGCGUGGCACCUUGGAGUCCACAUGUUAAAUAUGUGUGUGCUUCUCAUGUUUGUGUUACUGAACGUAAUUUAACUUCCCUCUAAGUUUUAACUGUGGAGACAGGACUUGCUUCAUGAAGACCAAAAGCAAAUUCAGAACAGUAUUCACCCGAGCUUUCUUACCGUUAAGGUAUAUAGCUAUUUUCAAAGAAGACCCGUUCGAAUUUUUGCUUGUUUUGCUAUUGGUCACUUUAAGGUAUUUAUUGGCUGCGUGUUGGUCGCCAUGUUGAAUAUUAUUGACUUAAGACUCGGCCCUCCGAUCUUCGUUUCCGAAUGAGGAACUCGAACUUCGGAAGAUUACAAUUCGAAAUGGCGUUUGACAUGCGUUCAUUAUUGUGUGAACUUGUGGUGUGGUAUGUUUUUAUUUAUUGAGUUAAAAGACUUGGUGUGUAUAGUUGUAAGAUAAAUGCGAUGGUUCAAGUGAUUUUAGAAGGUUGUACAUAGGAUGGUUUAAUUUGUUUUAAUCGCCCACCCAUAGAAAUAUAGUAAGGAAUCUAUGGUUGUAGAAUUUAAUGAGUAAUUAAGUAAGGUAUCAUUAUGGAGUUAGUAUGACAAAUUAUUAGCUAAUUAUGCUUUUGAUAGUAUUCCGUGCGUACGAUUAAGGUUCUGUCCUUUUUCGCCUUUCCACAAUCACCCAAAGAUCGUGACACCAGUUGCGCGACCAAGAGUGUUUGACAUUUGUACUAAAUCUAAGUUGGCGUGUUUUGCGUGAUUUUCCAGUCAUUGGGGGCUGUGGCGGCUCUGUGAGGAAUAAUCAAGGGUUGAUUCUCGUUAAUCUACAAAUUGGCAACCUAGGUGAAAAAAAAAAAAAAAACCAAAUGCGUCGGAAAAACCGAAUAAUUUAAGUGAGGAAUCAUCAGAUUUUUUGGACGAAUUCGGUCGAUUACAGCUAUCUAUUUUCAUUGAAGUGUUGGGUGUUUUUCUUGCCGUGUAAUCUAUUCGUUAUGUGAACUAAACUUAGUAGCCAAGGCAGAGGAUUGUAUUGGCGAAGCUCAUAAGCCUUGUUUUCACGAUUGAAGCUAUUUGGAUGUUACAAUCGGGUAUGUGAUAAGUGUGUGUAAAACCGGUUAAAAUCUCAUAGUGCCGCCAGUCCCUGAUACUUGCAUGGCAACCAGUGUCGGCGAGAAGAAUAAGGAGCAGGUUGGAAAAUCUCACGCUUAAUUGGAUUUUUAUUAUCGAUUGACCAAUCGACGCCUCGGAAACUCCUGAGCGACAAGUUGUAUUUCUCACUUCAGUGGCUCUCAGCAACAGAUAUUCCUUUCUUGAUUUUUGUUUUGGUUUGUUUAUAAUUAUUCAUUUUGAAGUGAACAUUUUAAUGCAACCAUACCAUUCCUCUUCAAGUAAUAGGUCUCAACGAAGUAUUGUGUAAAGUGCUAGACGUAUAUUUUGCAGAACAAUGUAAUGUGGAAAGCCAUCACGAAAACACUAAUGAUUUUCCUAGCGUCAGAAUAUAAGCUUGAAUGGGAUUACUGUAUGUUAUUUUUUUCAAUAUGUACUUCUAGCAUUUAUCUUUUGAAAAUGUUUGCGUUUGAACGCCGCACGUUUUUCCACUGUUGUCGACCAGUUUUAUCCUACGCUUGUGUUUGUGUAUGUGCGCGUUUGUACACGCGUUCAUGCGUGCUUGUGCGUGUGUGUGUGUGUGUGUGUUAGGGUAGCCUAAAUUACUUAAUUUGCGAUAGAUCUAUAACCACAGCAUUUCAGUUAUCACAUUCUACAAUUCGUUUACAUAUGCUAGGCGAAAUUUGUGCGUGAGUUGUGCGAGUUUUGUAAUCCCAUUCAGGAACGUGCGUUUUACUUUCCUGAUUAUGAUGUAGUUAGUAGCAUUCUUGAUUCCAGAGACCUGGAUCCUGACUGCGCAUGACCAAAACUCGUCAGUCAUGCGCAAUAGAGAGGAACACUGGAGUGGAAUUAAAUCAUUGGAUUCUUUGUAACUUCCCUACACUAACAAGUAGAUAAAUAAGGCCCAGGUGUUUCCUGCCAAAUGAGAUUAUUAAGCUGUACUGAUAAAAAAAUUAAGAAUACAGAAAUCUUAACCAGAUAACGACAGGAAACAACACAGCACAUAAUUGUCAUAAAUCGAGACAAAAGUGUCGGGAAAUUGCAACGUUUUCAUGUUGAUGGACUGUGUCUAUUUACUACUCUUGCGUUCAAAAGAAAUGUUUUCAAGAUUUUGUUCUUGGCUUUUUAUGUAUAUUUAUACAAGUUGAAACAUUUUUAUUUGUUCUAUAUCAUUUUUUUUAUUUACACUUUUGAGUUUGGUGUGGUUCCGUAACUUGUCUUUUCAUAAUUUUUACUGUUCUUGACUAGUGGCCUCUGGCACAAAAGACAGAGUUUGGAAACGAGAGAAUAAACAAGUAUCUAUGUUGUUCGACAAUUGCUCGGCAAACGUUCGAAAGCUCACUUUCAGCGUUGCCUUGUUUACGCCAUUUGUCGGAUGACCGAUGUACACAGGGGAAGAAGUGGGCGAGGGUCACGGCGGCCUAAUGCCGUCCGACUUUGCAACGUUACAAGUAGAAUUUCACUUUUUUUACUUCCUACUCUUUGUACAGCAGGCACGCAGGUUACUGUCGAGGUAGUAAUAGUACUUAAAAUGGAGAAAUAGCGUUGAGGCCAGUGGAAAGAACUAGUUUGAUUGCCUUAACUGUAGUAAGAAGCAGGUUCAGGUGUGGAGCGUUUGUUAUUUAUCCAAACCUGUUCUUGUUUCACGCUCUAAAAAUACAAUUUAGAGUUACUCGUUAAUUGCAAUACUUCAUACUGGAACGAGGUUUGGUUAAGCGAUUAAAAGAGAUUUUAUGAAUUUGA